AGAAGAAGAAGAAAAAAUUGUGAUUUCUAGUUUCUGCACAAAAUACAAAUGGUUUAUCUGAAUUACGAUUGUUAGUUUAGGAUGUUUCACUAGCCUGUCGGUCGUAGCGCGACGCGACGAGCUUUUAAAAUAAUGAGCAAAUAAAUAAUAUUAUAUCAAACAAACGUUCAAAAUGAUUCCUUCUGGUGCUAUUUGUGUUUCCGAAGAGGGCCCAGCGAAUGCUUUAGCAUUAAACAAGGAUAGCACGCAAGUUGUAAUAGCUGGAAGAAAUGUGUUCAAAGUCUUCUCAAUCGGUGAGAACGAGUUUACGGAGGUGUACAACUUGAGAGUUGGGAAAAAUCUCAAUCUCAAUUUUUCUUCAAUAGAUGUUGCCUGGAGUCAAAUUGAUGAGAAUACAUUAGCAACGGCGGCUACAAAUGGGGCAGUGGUUGUGUGGAACCUCGGCCGACUGGGUCGGUCCAAACAGGAGCAUGUGUUCUCUGAUCACAAGAGAUCUGUCAACAAGGUGAGCUUUCAUCUGACAGAGCCGGGUCUACUCAUCUCUGGAUCACAGGAUGGCAUGAUGAAAUGUUUUGAUCUACGAAUGAAGGAAGUUGCUAGGACAUUUAUCAGCAACACGGAGUCGAUCCGCGACGUCCAGUUCAGUCCGCACGCGGCGCACGUGCUGGCAGCGGUGUCCGAGAACGGGACGGUCCAACUGUGGGACUCCCGCCGCCACGAGCGCCCCCUGCACCACUACACUGCGCACUCCGGGCCCGUGUUCGCCUGCGACUGGCACCCGCAUUCCCCCUGGCUGGCUACUGCCUCGAGGGACAAGACUAUCAAGGUGUGGGACAUCCAGGCGCGGCCGAGCCUGGAGCACACGAUCUACACGAUCGCGUCGGUGGGGCACGUGAAGUGGCGGCCGGCGCGCACGCACCAGCUGGCGUCGUGCGCGCUCGUGUUGGACUGCUCCGUGCACGUGUGGGACGUGCGCCGGCCGCACGUGCCGCUCGCUACCUUCGCCGAGCACCGCGACGUCACCACCGCCAUCGCCUGGCAGGGCCCCGCCGCCUUUCUCGCCACCUCGCGCGACUGCGGCCUCUACCGCCACCGCUUCCACGAGGCCGCGCACCCCGUGCUGUGGGCCAACCCGCACGGCGUGUGCGUGUCCGCGCGCGGCCACGUCGCCCACGCCGCGCCCGAGCGCCCGCUCGCCCUGCCCGCCGUGCCCCCCGCGCCCCCCGCUGCGCCCGCCGCGCGCGCCGCCGCCCUGCCGCGCAAGCAGCCCACCGCCGGCUCGCUGGGCCCGGCGGCGCAGGCGGCGCUCGAGCGGGACUUCGCCGCCAGCGCGGCCAGCUCACUGCUGCGCCUGCGCCCGCCGCCCGCCGCGCCGCUCGCCGACACGCUGGCCGCCGCGCGCCUGUUCCGCGUGCGCGGCCAGCCGCCGCACCUGCUCGCCGAGCACAACGCCAAGGUCGCGCGCGACCACAAGCGUUUCAUGGUGAGCCACGUGUGGGAGGUGGUGCGCGUGAUCUGCAGCGCGCCCACACACGGAGCCGGCCCGGCGCCGGCGCCGCCCCCACCGCGCCUGCCGCCCCCCGCCGAGCCUGCGCCGCCGCCCCCCUACCCCGCGCCGGAGGAGGAGCCGCUGGAGGAGGCGGAGGAGUGGGCGGACAGCGGCCACCACAAGAACAGCGGCGUGCUCGGCAUGCCCACGCACUCCAUCUACAUCCCGCCCGCCAAGUAUUGCAAGCGCGACGACGAGAACGGCGGCUGGGUGUCGGCGGCAUCGGCGCACUACGUGGACGUGGACGCGACGGACUGGACGCUGCCCGAGGAGGCGUUCCCGCUGCGCGCCGCGCCCGCCCCCGCGCUCCCGGUGCCCGCGCCGCAGCCGCCUGAGCCCGAGCCGGAGCCGGAAGCCGGCGCACUGGGCGCCCCCGCGCCCGCCCCCGCCGCCUCCUCGCCCGGCGGCUCGUCCGGCUCCGGCACCUCCAGCUCCGGCAGCACCGCGCCGCCUCCCGUCUCGCCGCAGCCGCAGAGGGCCAAAAAUAUGAACAACUUCAGUCACGAGAGCGUCGGGGGCGGCGAGAGCGAGGUCGGGAGCGGGGGCGGGACGGGGACGCGCGCGGGCGGCGCGGGCGCGGCGGCGAUGGCGCUGCUGGCGCGCGCGCUGCGCCUGCACGCCGAGCUGGGGGACGUGCAGACGGCGGCGCUCGUGUGCUGCGUGCUGGCGGACCGGCGCGCCGAGCUGCUGCGCCGACUCGACGACGGCCUGCCCGAGCAGUGGCUGCUCGGCUACGUGGAGCUGCUCCAGCGGCACAAGCUGUUCAACCGCGCCGCGGAGGUGAUCAAGUGCGCGUGGGUGGGCAGCGUGUGGAGCCUGUCGCAGCAGAGCACGGCGGUGGCGGCGUGCUGCGGGCGCUGCGGGCGGCGCACGCGCGCGCGCACGCCGUGCGAGUGCGCGGGCGGCGGCGGGGAGGUGUGCGCGGUGUGCGGGGGCGCCGUGCGCGGCCUGUACGCCUGGUGCCAGGGCUGCGCGCACGGCGGACACCUGCUCCACCUGCGGGACUGGGUGCGCCGCCACCAGCUCUGCCCCGCCGGCUGCGGCCACCACUGCACGCUCGACUGAGCGGAUAUACUCGUGGCUCGGUCACUUGAUAUUUCACCGUUGAGGUUAACUCUCGUAAGAGAAUGAUUUGCGAUCGAGGAGUAAGUCGUGCGGGAAUUUUUAAAUCGUGUGGUACAAAAUAUAAGCGCCUACAUAAUGCAGCCUUACGACUUUAGGGGAUGUGUCGCACCGUACUACUAGUCAUUGAUAAUGAGGGUGAGACUGCUGUUUCAUUCAAAGGAAGGGUGGCAAGUGUAAAAAUAUUUUACGGAUCUCGUGUAAAGCUUAGUAGUCUAAUCGAAAACGAAAUCCCCAAGACAACAAUUUUAUUGUAAAUAUAUAAGAAUGCUUUUGGAGAAAAAAAGUGGUGACUAAAAUUAAAGGAUAUAUUGAGCUUUUUAAUAACUUAAAAUAUAUGAGUUUUCACGUAAAAAUGGCUUCACAGCAUCAUGUUAAAAUCGCAAAUUUUCCUGUAAUUGUUAUAUGUUUAGUAUAUAAAUGUAAUAUAAUACUCGAGAUAAAUAUUGUAAAAUCAUUUUAUAUUUUUGUAA